GGGUUGGCUGAUGGUGAUUGGCUAGGUUGUCACUGGGAUUGGAUAGCCUGUCACGGUUGACUGGCUAUUUUUUUGAAAUUCAAAUGGAGGAGCGGCGCUGAGGCUUGCGAUGGAUGCCUGGAGGGUUUGGGCCGUUGCCCUAACUGCUGCUGCGCGGAUGGAUCGGUCUUCUUCGGCCCAAAUGCAAAGUCAAAGAUAUCUGGGCUACUGCUGGGUUUUUCUGACGGGCCUUUUUGGCUCUUUGACUGGAUUUGGCUACUAACGGGCCUUUAUUGGUCUGGAGGAAGCACCUUACGAGAGGUUUUUGACUCGUUAAUGGUCUAGCUCUUCAUGAGCUAGUCCAUCUUAGUUACUUGACUUUUUGUGAAACGUGAUGGGGCUUGUCCCAUGCCGUUUGGACCCCUACUAACUUACCUUGCUAGCUUAGUUAGUUAUUUUUGAUACAUUUGAUGCAUUGUAAUGCUAUUUUCUUGAUAUAUAUAUUUACAUUUUAUCAAAAAAAGAAAAGAAAUGAUGAGCAAGUUCUUGCCACGAAUCAAUGCUGCCCUUGGGCAAUCGGUUGAACCAUUCAUACGAUGGGCCUUCCAAGAUGAAAAGGAACCAACGACAUAAAUUUUCAUCUGAUGCUCACAUCAUCAUCAUACUAUUUUGGUACCUGUAGUGUUCUUGGGGAUCUGUCUUCCCCUCAUACGGUUUGCUGGGUUGUCCCCGAUAUUUACCGGGGAUCUGAGCUGCAAACACCCUUGGGGUGAAAAGGCGUCUUUGUGCGGAGCUGGAUGAGGGGUUCGCCUGAGCCUUCGGCGAGCUUUCGCUUCAUAUCCUCCAUUUGAGCUAGUAUGGCGGCGUACUUUGGAUCUGCCUCCAGAGCUGAAGCGGGGGGCUCUGGUAUGCCUCCUUCUCCUCUAACUGGCGCCAGAGGGCCUCGAUGAUCUCGUCUCUGUGAUCCCUCGGGGCAGCCCCUUGGGACUUCGCCCUGAAUGAUUGGGCGUGAUUGAUCUGAUGCCUUGCAUCAUCAGCGUGGAGGAGGCCUUUGCCUUUGUCCGAGGGGGAGGUCUUUCCUCGGACCCCGAGACAGAGCCUCCACUCUCUUGCGACCUGUUGGUUGCUUUCCCACCGAGACGGUCUUGGAACCCUUGGCGUUCAGGGCCCCCCUGCCUUUCGAGGGCGGAGGUCCGACGUUUCUUCUUGUUCACACACCGCUUAUCCCGGGAUUGGACCUCCUGGGAAGCGGUAUCUUGCGCCAAGAUACCCUCGGCAUUACCAAUCCGUAUGAUGGGAUUGUUGAAUGGGGGGGUGGCGGAAAAUGGAUAACGUUCCCUCCAUAAUGGGGUUGGAGGGGGGCUUGCGUAACGAAAGCACCGGAGUUCAGUGCCAUAUUCUAGACAAAGGCCGCGAAAGCGGCCUGUAGGUCGAUGGUCGGAGCCGGAGGGGGAACUUGGUUCUCACUCCGGUCCUUCCUCCGGCUAUCAAGGCCGAUACGGGCAUCAAGGGCAGCCUUCUGGAUAUGUUGAUGGAGGUAAGCAGUGACCUACUCCAUUUCGCCAAUAGUGCCGCUGUCGGGAAUCCGGUUGGAGGCCUCAGCCCUGUUGGUUUCGCCGAGGGCUACAUGGUUGUCCUCGAGGGUUUUGGAUUGACCACGAGUUCUUCCCAUUUUGGUAGGUGUUUUUUGUGUUUGGUGAAGGGGAUGGUUUCUUACUUGAUUGUUCGGACCUCUCAACGAGAGCACCAAAUGAUGGAUAGUGUACCUGGCGGAUAUCUUAUCCGAGGGGUUAUUUGAGGAAUAACCUAGAGAGAAGUCAGAGCAGACAAGUAAGAGAAAGUCAAAUGCAUUAAAAUGAACUCGAGAUGCUGGGAUCCUUUACAAGGGAAAGGGGGCUGCUAUUUAUAGCAGCCAUAAAUGCGAUAUGAGUACACAUGUCAAUAAUCUAACGGCCGAGGGUCACCUCAAUCGGGGUGGCACCGACAUAUGCAUGUGCGCCGCAUUAAAUGCGGUGGGUGGAUGUGACGCCGCAUUAAAUGCGGUGGUUGCAUGUUUCCGAAAGGAAUCUUCACUGAGUGUGGUGCAGCCGAAGGCUCUUCCUGUGGCCGAACGCUACCCAUGUGCCGAGGGAGCCUAGGAGCCGAAGGCUCCUAAGUUCUGCCAUUUUCUCCCAGUAGCUUUGUAUGUUCAAACCUAGCUGUCCUGUGGAAUCUGGAGCCCUCAGCCAUAGGGCUGAAGGCACCCAUAUGUGCACCGUGGGCUUCUUAACACUUGGGCCGCUGUGUUUGGGCUUUGUGUGCUCAUCGGGCUUGAGGUGCCUGAGUAGGAGAAGUAGGAGUCUAUGGUUCGGGGGUCCCUGCGCCCUAUAUUCCAUUAGUAUUAUUGUCAAAAUAAGUAAAUAAAAUGCAUCCACCUAACUUUUAAUAUUUUUAAUUAUAAAACUUUACUGGGUAAGUGUGUAAGCAAUGUGCAAAUUGAGUCUAUGUUAAAGCACUUUUAUCUGAUGCCUUACAACCCUUAUCUGAUGCACUCUUCGAAUAAACUUUAUCUUUGUCCCAAAAAACUUUGUCAUCUUUAAAACUUUGAUCAACUUUAUCUCUGUUUAAAGUACUAUCAUAAAACCAAAGAAUACAAUUUAUAAUAUCUAUAAUAUGAUACUGAUCAAAAUCAUGGUCCAAAUUUUAUGACUUGGUAAUUUUUUUGGGUAGAAGUAGUAUAUUAUUUUAUUUCCGGUCCAACUGGGUUAGACUGAAAUAUUUCGGGUUUUGAAUAAGAUCGGAUCCUAAUCUAUAAAAAUUAGGGGAUCAGUUUGGUUUGAUUGCAUUUUCGGAUGUCGAUGAAGAAAUGUUUCGAAGAAAUAAAUUAAUAAAAUUACAAAAUGUUUUCUACAAGGUCUUUAAUAAUUUGUAAUUUGUGUGUUUAUGAAACUUCUAAAAUUUGUUAUUACUUAUUUACGAUUUAUCUAUUCGUGUGAUAAAUAAUUAUAUGAUUUGCAAGUCAUUUGUAAUUACGGGGUAAUAUUUACAAGGAAAAAUAAAAAAUAAUAAUCUCAACUAUUGAUUAUUUUUGUAUAAUCUCAAUUAUAUGGAUCGUCCGUCAAUAAUGGUGUAUGAUCGUAUCAACUAUCGAAUUUUAGAUAAAAAUUAAGUGUAAAAAUUAAAAGUUAUAGGGAUUAGUUGCUGUAUCUAUCUUUCUAAACACCGUUGACGGUAGUUGGGACUAUCGAUUUUUCCUUUUAUAGCAGGCGCAUAUUACCAGGUGCAUCGAUUUUCGUCCAUUCGAUUCCAGUUCAUUGACUUCAUUCUUCUGUUCCUAUCUUUUCUCUCCUCCCAAACCCCAACAGAGCUCUGCAUCUGACCCGGAGUUUAUUGAUCUUUAGAAAGUUGUUUUAUGUUGAUAGAGUUGUGCUGUUCAGAAGAAAAGUGAAGAGGUCUUUACCAGUUAUAAAGGGAUGGAAUGGGAAAUUGUUAAGGGAGAGAGAAGUGCCCGAGAUUGAAACUGGAGGAUUCGGAAUGGGAUGUUGUGUUGGUCCAAUGGAUUUGGAAGAGGGUGUUGGAUGUAUAGAGCAUAUGAAAUCAACUGGUGAACACAAAUCUCAGGAAUUUGAAAGGAGAUUCACACAAUUGAGCAAAGAGAUAGCUGCCAAUGUGAUCGGUGUGAUCAAUAUCUUUGAAAAAGAACCACAAAAGUUAAUUGAUAAUGAAAACUUCAAAAAGCUGCAAGAAUCUGCGCAGCACUUAAUUGGCAUGGGGAAAUGGAAACAAAUGUGGAUAUUAGGGAAGAAGAUGAUGGAAGAAACAAUGAGCAUAUUGGAGCAAUCUUGAGACUAUAGCAGCUAUUGAGAGGGUAAUAAAUGCAAUUGCUAAGAAGGCACUUUCUGAAAAAGGCAUUGAAGACAUUCCCUCAUUCUCAAUUGGACUGACACCAGAUGAAGUCACGCAAUGGGGCCCCAUAUUUGAGGUAGAUAUUCAAGGUGAAGUCCCGGAUAACAUGAUAAAUGAGAAGGAAGGAACAAAUCUUGAGGACCCGAAGAGGAACAAUAGUAAGAAGAACCGUGAGUUGGAUUUAGGAAAAGGAAGGAUGGAACGUAACUCAGGUCAAGAAGAAGAGGAAAGGAUGCUGAAGUUCUAAAAUCUCGAAACAUGGCAAACAUAAUAGACCCAAGUGACUAUUUAAAUACAACUGAAAAGCUAAUCUACAGAUGGUUAAUGCAAAAAGAUGCAAAGAAAAAGGAUGGGAUUGUUUUCAAGUUCAAAGGUUUGACUAUAAUGCGUGCUGACAUGCUUACACCGGGAGAUAAAGAGUACAUGUCCACGAAAGUACUUGAUGCAUGGACAGUAUACUUGAAUAGUAAUGAGAAGUUACGAAGUAAAGACUCCCCAUAAUCAGGUGAUUGGGAAGAUGCAAGGCAUUACUUAUCAGCAUUUGUUGAUAAAAUUUGUGGAAUCUUGUACGAAAUUCAGACACAGAGCUCAUUGGAAGUAGCAAUGGAAUCUGCGCUAAUAACGGGCAAGAAAUUAAACCUUGACGAUAGAGAGUCUGCUAAGCGUGAAAUAAUUGAUGAAGUUAAGAAGCUCUCAAUGACGGCCUUCCAAAUCCCUGAAAAGUUGAACUUCCCAGAGGAUUCGUAUUUAUUGAGACUUUUUAGUCAAAGGUUUAUUUCGUCAUUAAUCUUAACAUUAGUAUUCUUUCAGUAUUACAAUUUUCUUUUUAUUUAUUUUCUAGUUUCCAUCGGCCAUAGUGAUCCUGGUCUAGGUUACAAACAUGAUCUGAUGCCUGUGAGUGCUUAUGAAGUUGGUCAUGACAUUCAUCCUCAACAUUUAUCUACUCAUGUCGGUGGUAAGAAAAAGACGAGGGUGUAUUAUGACAAGCUCCUUGGUGUCGGCAUGACAAGCAGAGUGCGCGAAGGAAUAUAUGAUGGCCGUAAAGUUGCUGUGAAAUUCCUACAUCGGACAAAGGCAGUUGAUAGUAAUCCAACAGAUGAGGUUGAUAUUAAUCUAAAAGAGAUGCAAUGUCUAGUUGAAGUCGGUGCUGAUUCACAUAAAAAUGUAGUGACGUGCUAUGGAAUGGAAGUGGAUGAAGAAUUUAUCUACAUUGCUCUCGAGCUGUGUUCGUGUACAUUGGAUGAGCUGAUCACGGGAAAGCAAAAUGCAGGAAUUGACACAAUCAAGCUGAGGAAGAAAGAUUAUUAUCCUUCUAGUAUAUUGUUGGGCAUUAUGAGGUUUGUUUUUUUAAUUAUUUAUUUUUACAUUUUUCUUAGACAGUAAACUAAUAUGUUUCUCUAUUGUCACUUGCAGAGACAUUAUUUGUGGAUUAGGUCAUCUACACAAACUUCGAUAUAUACAUAGGGACCUAAAUCCAAAUAAUAUUCUUAUAAAACAAGAAGAUGGCCAUUUGUGUGCUAAAGUUUCUGAUAUGGGUAUGUCAAAGCGACUACGCGUAGGUUCAUCUUAAGGAACAAACAGUAUAAAAUUUUCUGAUGAGUUGUCUCAUUCUCCCAAUAAAUUAUCUCUAUAGCAACUACAUUAGUUGUGCUUUAAUGAUUAAUUAUUUCUUGUAGCAAAUAGGUGGAUUAAAAUGAAGUCGAGUUUACUUACAACAGAAUGUCUAAGUAUUGAAUUUUUAUACACGUAAAUUUCCGUUUAUAAGUGAAAUCAAAUUCAUUGUUUAGAAAAAAAGCUGCUUCUGACACGUAAAUUCAAAUUUUUAAACAUCUUUGUUUUUUACCAAAAAAUAUAAUUUAUUAUAUUGUUUAUGUAGCUGGUGGACAAUGUGGAAUCGUAAUCUAUAAGGCUCCUGAGCAAAUACUUGGAAGUGUUCGUAUUUCACAAGUUGUUGAUAUGUUUAACUUAAGUUGCAUCCUAUUUUUCUGCAUAACUAAGGGCAAACAUCCGUUUGGGGAUUCUGCGUGUGAAGAGAGUAUAUUGGGAAAUAAUAAAGUUAAUCUCUUGAUGAUAUCGGAUGACUUUCCUGAAACAUGUGAUAUAAUUGAACGACUCUUAAGUCAAGAAGCAUGGUAACAUCUUUUUGUCGCACCUUUUUAUUUCUUUUAUUUCUUUUUCUUUUUUUUUUAAUUAUAGUUUUUAUUAUAACACUUGGCCUACUAUUGAAGAAGUUAAAAAUCAUCCUUUCUUGUGGGAGUCUAGCACUCGGAUCCAAUUUUUAAAAGCUCGGAUCCAAAGUGCUAGACUCCCACAAGAAAGGAUGAUUUUUAACUUCUUCAAUAGUAGGCCUAGUGUUAUAAUAAAAACUAUAAUUAAACAAAAAAAAAGAAAAAAAAAAGAAAUAUAAAGGUACGACAAAAAGAUAUUACCUGUGAGCUGCUUCUUGACUUAAGAGUCGUUCAAUUAUAUCGCAUGCUUCAGGAAAGUCAUCCGAUAUCAUCAAGAGAUUAACUUUAUUAUUUCCCAAUAUACUCUCUUCACACGCAGAAUCCCCAAACGGAUGCUUGCUCUUAGUUGUUAUUCAGAAAAAUAGGAUGCAACCUAAGCUAAACAUAUAAACAGCUUGUGAAAUACGAUAACUUUCAAGUAUUUUGCUCAGGAGCCUUAUAGAUUACGAUUCCACAUUGUCCACCAGCUACAUAAACAAUAUAAUAAAUUAUAUUUUUUUUGGUAAAAAACAAAGAUGUUUAAAAAUUUGAAUUUACGUGUCAGAAGCACCUUUUUCUUCUAAACGAUGAAUUUGAUUUCACUUAUAAACGGAAAUUUACGUGUAUAAAAAUUCAAUACUUAGACAUUCUGUUGUAAGUAAACUCGACUUCAUUUUAAUCCACCUAUUUGCUACAAGAAAUUAUUAAUCAUUAAAGCACAACUAAUGUAGUUGCUAUAGAGAUAAUGUAUUGGGAGAAUGAGACAACUCACCUACGCGUAGUCGCUUCGACAUACCCAUAUCAAAAACUUUAGCACACAAAUGACCAUCUUUUUGUUUUAUAAGAAUAUUAUUUGGAUUUAGGUCCCUAUGUAUGUAUCGAAGUUUGUGUAGAUGACCUAAUCCACAAAUAAUGUCUCUGCAAGUGACAAUAGAGAAACAUAUUAGUUUACUUCUAAGAAAAAUGUAAAAAUAAAUAAUUAAAAAAACAAACCUCAUAAUGCCCAACAAUAUACUAGAAGGAUAAUAAUCUUUCUUCCUCAGCUUGGCCGUGUCAAUUCUUGCAUUUUGCUUUCCCGUGAUCAGCUCAUCCAAUGUACACGAACACAGCUCGAGAGCAAUGUAGAUAAAUUCUUCAUCCACUUCCAUAACACGUCACUACAUUUUCAUGUGAAUCAACAUCGGCUUCAACUAGACAUUGCAUCUCUUUUGGAUUAAUAUCAACCUCAUAUGUUCGAUUACUAUCAACUGCCUUUGUCCGAUGUAGGCAUUUCACAGCAACUUUACGGCCAUCAUAUAUUCCUUCGCGCACUCUGCUUGUCAUGCCGACACCAAGGAGCUUGUCAUAAUAAACCCUCAUCUUUUUCUUACUACCGACAUGAGUAGGUCUGCAAUCACACAUUAUUAAAAUUAAAAAGCCUAAAGGGUCAAAUAGGUAUAUGAACUAAUUUAAAGUGUUCAAUUAGCCUUUUAUAUAGGAGAUUCUGCCCGACCAUCGCCAAUUGGGGUGGUUCCCGGUAAAAAUUUUGAUGAAAUUUUUUGAGUAUCUUGUUCAUUAAGUCUAGUUUACCCAUAUCAAAUUUUAGCUAAAAAUUAAAUCGGGAAGACAGUCAAAUGAUUUUCCUAAAUGUACUGCGCACUUAUCUUCAAAAAAAUCAUUUGACUGCCUUCCAGGUUGAAUUUUUAGUUGAAAUUUGGUAUGAGUAAACUAGACUUAAUGAAGAAGAUGCUCAAAAAAUUUCAUCAAAAAUUCCACCGGGAACUUCCCCAAUUGGCGACAGCCGGGCAGAACCUCCUAUAUAAGAGGCUAAUUUAACACUUUAAGUUAGUUCAUGUACCUAUUUGACCUUUUAGCCAAUUAAAAAUUCAGUAACUAACACUACAGAACUAUUAAACACAUGAUGUAAAAUAUGGAAACAAAUAAACUGGACUUACAAAUGUUGAGGAUUAAUGUCAUGACCAACUUCAUAAGCACUCACUGGCAUCAGAUCAUGUUUGUAAUCUAGACCAGGAUCACUAUGGCCGAUGGAAAGUAGAAAAUAAAUAAAAAGAAAUUUGUAAUACUGGAAGAAUACUAAUGUUAAGAUUAACGACGAAAUAAACCUUUGACUAAAAAGUCUCAAUAAAUACGAAUCCUCUGGGAAGUUCAACUUUUCAGGGAUUUGGAAGGCUGUCAUUGAAAGCUUCUUACCUUCAUCAAUUAUUUCACGCUUAGCAGACUCUCUAUCGUCAAGGUUUAAUUUGUUGCCCGCUCUACACAUCAUCAUGUCAAAUCAACGUUCUUGAAAAAUAAAUUAAUGCAAAUCCCAAAAAAUGAGAAUUACAAUAAUGACAACUAAGAUAAGCAUUCCCUCAGCUGGUAUCCAUUUCAUCAAGAUUUGAAAGUUGUCUAUACCCUACUAAUUUUGGUUCACUCUAAUUUCAAUUGACUAAAUUGAUACUCCGUAAAAUAUGAAAUAGAAUGAAGAACAGACUCAGAUUAGCGUAGAUUCUAUUUCUACUUCCAAGUAGCUUUGUGUCUGAAUUUCGUACAAGAUUCCACAACUUUAUGAACAAAUGCUGAUAUGUAAUGCUUUGCAUCUUCCCAAUUAUCUGAUUCUAUUAGAUGCUCAAAAUAACUCAUGUUGAAAAUUCCAGAUUCUUUUUCCAACCUUAAAUACACAUAAUAUUAGAACAUAAAUCAACUAUUUCAAAGAGGGGGGCAAAUAGUAAUAUAAUAAUAGUAAUGAUGAUGAUGAUGAUGAAAAAAAGAAUGUUAAGAACGUUAAAAUUCAAUUCCUUACGUGCGACGGAUUUUGUAAAAUCUAUUUUGUUGAAAUACUCUAGGCACGAUCGCAUCAUCUUAUCAUGGAUAGCAUUCUUCAGAGUUUGUUCAUUGAUAGGGUUUGGAAGAGGAUUUUGAGUAGGCAUGGUUCGAUUAUAGAAAUCGAAGACAAAAGCGAAAUCGGAAGAGAUGAAGAAUGAAUCAAUCGUACAUCUGCUAAACUAACGGACGUCCUUGGCGGCGCACCCUUUUUAUUCCAUUACUAAAUUGGCCCUCUUUCCUUAAGUUUACUCCGUAUGUUUAUCUUAAAGAGAAAUUUGCAGUUUGUAGACUAAAUCAUACCUCCUAUCCAAAAUUAGGACUUAGUUUUAUUUCCAAACGUGUGCUUUUUUUAUUUAUUCUCUUUUAGGAAAGUUGAUUUUCAAUUUUCCUUUUUCCCCUCGGUCUAUGUUUAAAGAACCGGAUUGGGAGGUGACCCGGACAAAUGAUCUGGUCAAGUAUCAACCCAGACCCGGAGGGUCAACCCGGUAAACACGGUCAACAAAAUAUAUAUAUAUUAUGUACAUACAUGGUUAAAUUUAUUAAUUAAAAAAUAUUUUCCUUCCUCAUUAAUAAAAUCACAAAUAUAUAUAUUCAUAAAAGAGGAAUUUUAUUAAGAGCAUACCACGUGCCACAUAAUCCUAUCAUGUCAACGUAUAUAAUAAUUAUGUAUGGAGUAGAAUUUAAAUAACUUCUUACACCUUUUUUUUAUUACAUUCUACUUUUUUUUGCAUAUUGAUACGGAAAUAAAAGAUAUGGAAUCCACCUUAUUUGGUAACUUUUUGAUAACUUAUUACGGAGUACUUAUGAAUUUGGAUAGUUAUUAAAUUCAUAAAUUGGAGUAUACAUGGCCACAUGGGCUAUUAAUAUUGGAUAUUUUAUACUACGUAUUAAUAGCCAUUCGAAAACAAGAUAUAAUCAACCUUAUUUAGAUAUUUUAUACUAAGUAUCAAUUAUUUAAGUAUUUAUACCUUUUAUUUUUUAUUAAAUUCUAUUGAAGAAAUAAAUUUUCGUGUUUUGCCCACCUAACAGAUAAACCAACCAAUUUCCUAGUAAUAUUGUUCUUCGAAGUUAAUUAUUUUAUACGCUUGAUCUAAUAUAAAGGCGUAUGAUAAUACUAAAUUUUUUUAUUUUAUUUUGUAAAAUAACUUUUUUACAUUCAGUAAUGAUCCAUUUUUUACAUUUUCUAUAUGAUGAAAUAAUGAGUAAAAUGUUAAAAUUUAAAAAUACUUAUUUCAUACCAUGUUGAAUCAGAAAUAUUAAAAAAUAGUGUUUUGAGAUGCUUAAUAAAUUAAUUAAAAAGUAUGUGAGAUAAAUUAAGAAACUUUUGUGUGAAUUCUUUAAAACCGGGUUCAUAACAAUUAUGUUUAAUUAGUUGGGAUGCUUAUGUAGAAGUCCAUUUUAAAUACUUUUCAUAUAAUUUUUAUUUUAUUUUAUAAAGAAUAUACGUAGUAUGUUUUAUGUUAUUUUUUCAUAAUUCGGAAGAUUUCGUCAAUUCAGUCUAAUCAGUUAGAUUUAAUUGAUUACAGUAGAAUCGAACAAGUAAGCAGGCCGUACUGGAUGGCUUUACCCUAGCGAGAGCUGAUGGGCUUUUUUUGCCGUUCUGCGUGCGGCGCCGAUCGAAGGCGGAGCAAUCGCGACGAAGGCCGAGAAUCGGAGCAGAGUGCUCGAGACGUGAUGGAGGACAUCGAUGAAGAGGCGGGCAGGGAGGGUCGUGACCAGGAGGCUGAACGAGUUGGUGAGAUUGUUUCUAAAUACAGAGGCCUGGGAAUUGGGGAUGUGGAGGAUGAACUCUUCAUUGAAGAUGAUGAGGAAGAGGACUCGGCAGUAGGGGCAGUGAAGGCAAAGGAUUUUCCGGUGGUUGGGACGAUUCUCACGGACAAAGUUAUCCGUUUUGCGUUCUUCCGGGGCUUCACGGCGGAUCUAUGGCGCCCAGGCAAAGGAAUGACCAUACAAGAGAUUGGCGAACGGAGGUAUCUCUUUAAGUUUUUUCACUCUAUCGAUAUGAAUCGGGUCCUGGAAAAUGGACCAUGGCUUUUGAUCAAAGUCUGACUGUGCUAAAAGCUGUUAAACCUGGUGAUAUUCCUGUUAAGAUGGUGCUAGAUAAAUUUGAGAUCUGGGUUCAGGUUCAUAACGUGCCGUAUAGUUUUGAAAAUUUGGGUACGGCAAGGAGAAGAGGGAAUUAUUUGGGGGAGUUUUGUCAGUUGGGAUGAACAAAAAGCUAGCGACAAAAAGGAGGCUUACAUGCGAGUGAGAGUUCGAAUGAAUACUACUAAGGCUUUAAAAAUCGGAACCACUUUAAGGAAGAGCAAAGGUGAAGGGUAUUGGGUAGAUUUCAGGUAUGAAAAGUUGCCAAGUUUCUGUUUCUGCUGUGGUAUGAUUGGACAUACAAAGAAAUUUUGUCCCCUGUUGUAUGAAAAGGAGGGUCAAGUUAUGAUCGGACAUUUUGGGCCGUGGCUUAGAGCAAGUGGAAGGAAGGCGAAGUCAAUCUUGGGCAGCAAAUGACUGAUAACUAGAAUAGGAGGUGGUUUCGGAUGAGACGGGGGAGAGUAUUGAGAUGGGUGGGGGGAAGGUUGUGUUAUCAGGUGAGCUAGACGAGGAAGGAAUGACAGGAGAGCUGAAGAGAAGGCGCACGUGGGAGGACCAGACGAGGGAGGAUGCCGAAAAGAACGCUAUGGCACUAGACUCUCCAAAAAAGGGGCGGGUGCGGGUGCCGGCCCCCAGCCCCGCCAGAAGAUCUGAUGCUGGUUACGGCUUUUUUAGCCGAAAGACUUAUUUACUCUUGUUAUUUUGUUUUAUUUGUUUUCCACGUUCUGGAUGUUGCUUUUGUUUUGGUUGUGCUGUGCAGCAAAGAUACUUAUGAACUAACAUAGGAGCUGACGUGUCUACAAGUCAUAGGCUCAGGUAAACCCAAAGUGGGAUCAGCGAAUUAUAUGGCUUCUACGGAGGUGAUUAAUUCAGAGUCUGGUCCUUGGGCGGACGGUAGACAGGAGACUUGUCGUCACACGGUUACCUAUUUUAGUUGGUUUUGCGUGGUUUGUUUGGUAAUGAUAAGUUAAGCCAGUUUUGUUCAAAAAAAAUGAUUAAAGUAGAAUCAAACGAUUCAACUAAUUUUAGUAUUUUAAACAGCUUUUUAUUAGAUCAAGUUUAUUUUGCUUUUGCAUCACAUUAAGAACCCGUUUGGUAACAUCAAAAUCGGCUGAAUCGGUUGAUUCUGGUGAAAUUUAUGAAGUUCUGGCUGAAGUGGUUGCAUUGACAGAUUUUACUGAUUUAUGUAGAAUUAUAUUUAAAAUAUAUUGAUAGAGUAUAUCUAGAGAGAAGUGAGAGCUAGAGAGAGAAGUGCAAUAAUAUGCUUCAAUAGAAUGAAUUCGUAACCCCUAUAACUACUCCCAAGGGGAGUAUUUAUAGAGAAAAUUAGGGUUGGGCUCCCAAGCCUUGGGCUCCCAAGCCUUGGGCUUGGGAGGCCCAUUUACAACUGGACCGCUACUGGGCCGAAUACAAAGCCUCUAAUGGGCUGUACAAAUGAGUAAGUAUAGGAUCCGAUUCUGGGAGGUCUUCGUGGCCGACGAGGGCACGGCCGACGAGGGCGCGGCCGACGAGGGCACCCGAGACCCUUAGACUCAGGACCGUAAUCUGAGUUGGCACCUUUUCGGCCGACGGGGGCGUCAUGGUCGACGAGGGCGCCACUCUGUUGUCUUGUGCUCUGUUCUUCCGAGUAUGUGGGUCCUGGGGCUCAGACCCAUAUACUCCAUCAGGAGUCCCCCACUCUCUAAGCUGAGACGUAGACGAAGUGAAGGAGAGUAGAUUUCUGUGCUUUGUUGCUUUUGGCCGACGCGGGCAUUUCUUGGCCGUUAGCCGUUGCGGCGUUGGCGUUGUUUCCUCUUUGGUGAUCCUGUUCUGUGCUUUGGCCGUUACCUGUUCCUCGCUGUGGUGGGGAGGCCGUUGUUUCCUUAAUUUGUUUUGGGACGAUGAGUGUCCUUCUUUCAAUGGUGGACGUUGAAGGCGCGUUUUCCCUUUCCUGGACGUUGGUGGUUGAAGUUUAUGUUUGGGCCGGUGAAGCCGUUGAGUUUGUUCCUUGCUUUGAGGACGAUGGCCUCAUUUUCUUUGUGUGGCCGAUGAGGGUGUUUGCGCACUCCUUUUGGCCGUUGUUGGUUGGAUGAUGUGGCCAUGCUUUGUGGCUACUUUGUUCGCACUUUUUUGUUUUGUUGAGGCCGGUGUAGUCCCCCAGUCCCCCACUGCUUCAGGCCGAAGGGAGUGUGAGGGGUGAAGGAGUUGCUUGAGUCCCUGGCCGAAGCGGUCUCGCCGUAGUCCCCCUGAAUCCAACUCUCAUGGCGUUACGUUCCUGGCCAUUGCCAUCCGCUUAUUGUUUGGCAUUUGUGAUCUUGGUGAGCAAGUGGGACGUUGUGGGCGCUUGCUGGCAGUUGUAAAGCCGUUGAGCGUGUGUAGGCCGUAGAGUCCGAUUUGUCAGUGGUCCGUUGAUAUGGGUUGGUCCUGGCCCGUUGGUGACGUGGUGGCCCCCCAGUGGUGGCCGUUGAUGUGGCCAUUGGGGGAGUGCCACGUGUAGUGACCGUUGGUGGGGGGGUCUAUAAAUACCCCUUCCCCUCCGACGAAGAAUCGCAUUUGCAUUCUGAAUUUGUCGAAGUGCUGGCCGAUUUUCUAGAGAGAUAAACUCCCAAGCCUGUUCUUCGUGUUCUUCAUUGUUUGAGGUUAGUGUUCAUCACGAUCUUCCUCACUUUUCUUAUUUUGCUCCGUAAGUAGUUGAUCUAGUGUUAGGCAUUUAAACACCUUUAGAUCGUAAGUUCUCCUUAAGCCCGUAGUAGUAGUGAUGAAGAGCUUGAACGACGACUACUACCCCUACGACGACCAGCCCUCCACGAGGUCGCUUGACUACGAGGUGCUCGAGGAGUUUGAGGAGGAGAUAGAGCGUUUAAGUCCAUACAAAUCCGCGGAGCUGAUGGACGAGGAAGGCGAGGACGAGGAGUCCGCCUCUUCUUCAAGGGGUGAGGACGUAGGUGCGUCCCGAGUGGUGGACGGGGCGUCCACUUCUGCUGUCAUUCCGUGCCCGAGGCCGGUGUCCGCCGUUAAGGGAGCCGCCAAGCCGAAGAGAGUGAGGAGGCCGAAGAGUGGGCCCGGCGUCUCCUACUUGGAUCUCACCAACAUCUACCUGAUAAAGCCAGAGAGCAGUGCGGCCGACUAUCUGGUUGCCCAGAUGUACGUGGGGCCGUUCGGGCAGGUUAGGGCGCCCAAGCCGACGGACCAUGUUCUACUUCCGCCGCCGGGAUACUUUGGAGUAUACCCGAUGAGUUUUGCGAAGGGGUUGAGGUUUCCUCUUCACCCUUUCAUUACUGAGUAUCUGGACAUGGUAGGGCUUCCUCCGGCCUUGCUGACGCCGAACAGCUACUCCUUGAUGGUGGGGUUCUUGCUCCGGUGUGAGGAGCUGGGCUACAAGCCGACGACGACAUUAUUUAUGAAUCUGUACCAGAUAGGCCGAGGAAGCCACAAGAACUGUGCGGCCUACGCUACUCUUCAGCAGCUGCCGAAGAAGAGGAGCUUCACGGAUUUGCCUACGUCCAUUCAUGGGUGGAAGAGCAAGUUCGUGUUUGUGUCCAUUGGUGAGAGUGGCACCGAGUUUCCCUCCCUCGGCCACACCGGGAGAUUUAAUCUGCAUGACCCGCCGAAGAGCUCUAUUUUGGACGCUCAGGUGGAGGCUUUCCUGGAGGGGGGGCCGAGGAGCGUGAAAGAUUACAUUACUGAGUACAAGAUGGCCGCCCUCGGCUUCGUGAGGUACUAUGUUUACGGUGACAAGGAGGAUGACCUCCAACUCUGGCCGAGGAUGACCACCACCUUUGAGGAGGCCGACGGCCCGGACUUGGGCAUUCCUGCUGAGGCCGAUGAUUUUGUCAUGGACCGCCGUUCCAUGAUGGCUAUUGCAAAGGCCAAAGCGGCCGAGGAGAUUGCUGCUAAGGCGGCCGAAGCGGCCAGGCGUGCCGCGGCCGGUGUGAGCGGGGCUACUGCAGAUGCGGCCCCAAAGCCUGCCCCAUCCAAGAAAAAGAGACCGGCCACUGACGGCCAGAAAAAGUUGACCGAGGCCGGCGUGAGCGUCUCUAAGAAGACGAAGAGGGCUCCUUCCCCUUCUCCGGCCAGUGAGGCCGGUACGCUUACUGUCCCCAGCGUGGGCGAUGGUGGUCCCGUCGUGGACCUUACUGUUGCUGAUGAUGCCGCCCCAGCGCUUCCUCUCGUCCAGGAACCACGGACGCAGAGGGCCGGCAAGGAGAUUACCGGUGCCACCUAUCAGAAAGUGAUAGAGUACCCCGUCGGCGGGGGCGUGUUUAAUGAGCUCGUCCCCGGCCACGUCGUCCUGGCCAAGGCCAUGCCGGCCAAAGAUCGGGCUCAUUUGAAGAAGCUCGAGGACCCGAAGAUUUAUGAGGGCGGCAUGGAUCUCCUCGUCCAAAGUGCCUUCAUGCUUAUGGAAAGCCAUAAGAGGCAAUAUUGGGAGAUAGCCCGCCUGCAAGCGCUGGAGCAGAAGGCUGCCUCGGCCGACGAGGCGGUAGCUUGCCUUGACCGGCUCCGGGAGGAUGCCUAGGCGCUGCAGGCCAAAGCUGAUGAAGCCGUCGCAGCCAGGGACGAUGCCCUGGCCAAGCUCGAGGAGAGCAAAAGGGAGCUCGAGGAGUCCCGCAGGGCGCUUGAGGCCGAGAGGCGCAGGAGCGAGGAGGCCGCCAAAGCGAAGGCUGAGGCCGAGGCCGCCGUCGUGAAGGCUGCCGAUGAGGCCGUCGAGAAGUUCUUGGCCGAGGGGUGGAAGGCCGAUGAGAGGCUCCCCUGGUGCUACGAAGUGGUGGCCGCCAGGCUGGAGAAUUGGGGGAUGAACUCCCCUGCCGGCCGAGAGUAUUUCAGCCGGGAGAUGUCCGUUUACUACAACCUUGGCCAGGAGCGGAUGCAAAGGCUCCUGUGUCGGCGGCUAUCCCGGGCGUUGAAGGCUAUGAAUUACACGUCUGGAUGGGCUAGACGGAACCUGAAGCUGCCAAAGCUGAUGAAGGAUCCCGAAGAGCAGGCUAAGCUUCCGCUGUCGGAGCGGGAGUCCCCCAUAGAAAGCUCCGGCCUCGGCGAGCCGGACUACACUGAGUUCGACUUCCUUGAUGAUGCUACCAGUGCUGCACCUGCUGCCGGCCAAGAAGCUGAGGACGAAGAGGGAGCUGAUGAGGCCGAUGAGGCGGCCGCAGAUGGAGGUGCCCCCGAAGCUUGAUUGGCUACUUUUUGUAAUUAGCUUUUCGAUUUUUGCCAAGUGAUGUAACGGCCGUAGUGCCCCCCAAUUGUAAUGUAGUUUAUCAAUUGAAGAAAUUUUUGCUGUCUUUUACGGCCUUGAAUCCCUUGUGUGCUUGUUUGCUUUGUCAUUGCAAUUAUGUAAAUUGUCUAAGUAUCGUCAUAACUCAGGUCACCCGCGAGUGUCCGCUACGUCCGUGAGGUUGGCCUUUCCGUCCAGUAGUCUGGUCGGCCUAUGCCUCUUUGUCAACACUUAGGAUUUUGUUUCAAAAAUUUCCCAAGUGUUUUUGGGUCCAUGUAGCUCCUGUCUUUACGGCCUAGUGGCUUGAUCGGCUUGGACGUAGUUUCAGGAUACUUAGGAAUUUUCAGAAAUUUUCUAAGUGUUUUGGGAUCCACUUAGGUGCUUUCCUUUCGGCCUGGUGGCCUGGUCGGCUUCACCGGUGUUUCUUUGCUAUCAUAACACUUAGGAUUUUUCACAAAAUUUCCUAAGUGUUUUUGAUUCCUUUUAGGUGCUUCCCUUUUUAGCCCUGACCGCAGUGUCCGUUCCGUCCAGACGUUGGCGUCCUUAUCGUCCUGGCCUUGGAUUCA